AUGCCGCCUAGUCGCUCCUCAACUCUCUCUGUCACUUCCCUCCCCAAGUCGCCAUCGGUGUCCUCCUCGCCCACGGAGCCCGGUUCUUUAAGCCCCACUGUCACCGCCACCAGCGAUACUCCUCCCAACCCUUCGCCCUCUCGCUCCCGCACCAUGUCGCUGCCUGAGGUCGGUGAGGCUGGCAAUGACCAAGCUGCCGGUGCUGCCUCCAACCCACAGCUACAAGACCUCGCCACCCUCAUGAAGGAGAUGAGCGCCAAGAUGGACGGACUGGCGACCCAGACGUCGAUCACAUCCCUCAACCGCAAGCUCGACCGUAUCCAGCAGACGGUAGACAGUGUCCGCUCAAUCGCGAUCGCAAGUGCACUCCACGCCCGUAACACCAACACGAAGGUUACAGCUAUUCUUGAGAUCCUGUCUCGUUUGGACACGGAGCCAGUGGUUGAGGUCGUGUUGUAA